GCCUGAUUCUGAAGUGCCAGGAAGAGGGAAGCCUGAAAAAGUACCAAGAUGCCGGUCAACAAGAGCUUGGAAGUCCAUCCCAGCGAGGCUCUUAAGCCCUAUCAGGGCUCUGGGCAGCUAUCUCAGGAUACCAAGAAUGAAAGCUCUCCUUUAAGUCCAAAGGAUGUAGAAAAACCAAAGGCUAACAAACUUACAAAGGGUGGUCCAGCACCUGGCCAGAGCCUUAGGUAUAUGGAGAAGGAAAUCACGAACCUCAAGAGAGACCUCCUGCAUAGCCGCUACUUGAUGCGUUCAGUGAAGAUGGGCCAAGGAUAUUUUGAUAUUUUGAAGGCGGAGAAUGCAAUGAGAAAGAAAGCUUUGAUGGACAAAAAGAGAGAAGAAGAGGAGAGAAACAAAUUCCAGCCACCGAAAAUGCCUACUGCAGAGCCCAGUGAUGCUAGCUUGAACAUCUAUGAUGGAGUGAGAAGAAUGGAGGGGAUGCCAGAUGUUAUCCUACGGCCUUUCAACCCGGUGCACAACUGUCUGAUCUCGCCGUCGCUAUCCCAGGCGCACAUAGAGCCUCUCUUUCGGCAACUCUGCGCCCUCCACUGGCUCCUGGAAGCGUUGACCAUUGACCACAACCACCAUGGCAUGAAACCGGUGAUAACCUGCUGGAAUGAAAAGGACCCUGGUGGCAGCAAAAGUACAUUAAAAAAAAUCAAUAAGGAGAAGGUGAUAUUACACAAAUGGGAGCACUUCGUCACGCCGCCGAAGUCCAAGAAAUACAAAAUUCCAGCUCCCCGGGUCACAGCCAGCCGAAAACCAAGCCGGAGGGCAUCGACCAUCAGCCUUUCCCGCACAAGUGGGGGGUCAUCUCCACAGAGCAGCAUGCUCUCAGUGAACCCUACUGGCUCAGACGAGCCCCAGAGCACUGUGACCCUGGGGACCAGCAGUAAAGAGCUGGAGGAUAAUGAGUCUUCAUCCACAAAGCAAGAUGAGGAGAACAUCCCCAUCAGUCUUCAGAAGCUCAUGGAAAUGGUGCGUGAGGAUGCCAGAAGAACAAUCUGUGCAGAAGAGGAUUCAUACAAGAAGUUCACAAGCACAGUGUCCAUCCUCAAGCCCUCCCUUAAGAGUGAUAUGGCCUUAAAGGAGACCGCCCAAAAGUCCAGCAUAACCGAUAAGUCAAGUAGUAGCAGCACCGAGAGUCUCCGGAGACCUAAAAGCUACCCUUCUGGCGCUUCGGACGCCAAGAGCAAUGUAUGUGCCAACAUGCGAGCCAAGUUUUUCAGCAUUGCACAGGAGGCUGGUUUCUGCCUGCAGGACAGACUAGAAAUCCUCACAAAGAGGCAGGAAGAAAGAGGCCUCCAGAAGUUUUUUUCUUUCAGUAUUGUCUCCAAUUUUUACCAAGACAUAGAAAAAAUGAGACAUCCCAUCACUAUAACAAGAGGUGAUGCUGAGGAACUCGCAAACCACUGGUAUUUUGAUUUAUUAUCAAAACUCCCAGAAGAUUUAAAGAAAUACCGUCCUGCCAAGAAAAUCCUACAGAAAUUGCAAAAGUAUGGAGAGAAUUUGGACCUCAGAAUCCGUCCACAUGUCCUCCUGAGAGUACUGCAGGACCUCCGUACAUGGGAGCUGUGCUCCCCUGACAUUGCUGUGGCCAUUGAGUUUGUACGAGAACAUAUUGUCCAAAUGCCCCAAGUGGAUUAUAUCAAGUGGCUUCGGACUCGGGUGAACCUUCCAAUGCGAUGCCACAGCGCCCCACCCCCCUAGAGAGGCCAAAGCCAGAGGCCACCAAGGGAUGGCCCCGCCUGGCAAUGGGAACACUAUUGAGGACGAUGGAGAAUAGAGGUGAAAGCACUUGGGAGGCCAGGGUUCAGCGGUCCCCAUCAAUUUGCCUCCUGGGCCCCAGUGCCCAGAAGUCCACAGAAGAGCUGAGAGAAAUAAAUCCAACUCUGCCUCCUCACCAGGCCUGCUCAGAUCGCCCAAGCUCCUCACUUCCCGCUCUCACACCCCUUAAAUGAGCAAAGCCUGACCAGCCAGACCAUGGCUUCCAUCCCUGCUUUUUCAUCAAGGCUCAACUUCCCUCCCAAAAGGUUGGAAACUGCUCUUUGCCACCAUAAGAGAAAACUCAAGCCAGUGCAGGGACUUCUCCAUGCCAGAAGCCAGACCCCAGAGGGGGC